CCGAGCCUGUACUGAUCAAAGACGCAUGGUGGAAUAUUUCCGCACACCUACUUUCUGGACCCCCUUUGCGACAGCCUAUCGAUGUGGAAUUUAAUUAAGCAAGACUUCGCUACGGACUCUUCAGUCAUUUCUCAGGUUUAUUUCCCGGAGUAGCCAGUUUUGCCGGUAUCAGACAAGUCUGGAAACCACAGGCAGAUAAUCUGGGCAAUUAGACGCUGUGAACGAGCCAUGCCGGUCACUCUCCCCCCCUGUGGACCCUCUCUGGUUUGGCGGUAGCGUCCGUGGGAGCUGAAGAUGUCGGUGUGUGGAGAGUUUGCCGAGCACAGGUGGAAAUCGGGCUCCUGCAAGAACUGCUUCCACCCCCGCAGCGCCCACCGGCCCAAUGGCGGCGCGGUCCGCACCCGCAUCAGCCCGGCGGGGGACGAUGAAGACGGCCUGACCCUGUCUGCCUCCUACUGCAAGCCCACCAUCGCUGUCAGGCCCACCGUCAUGAACCCCGAGCUGGCUGAAGUGCGGCCGGAUCCUCUCAACGUGAACUCUGAGCAGGAUAAUCAGAAGAGUCCGUUGGAUAAACUAAGCUUGAAGAAGAUGUUGGACCUAUUUAUCGACAAUAAUGGCUGCAGCAAGGAUUUGAAAGAAGCUGUUUUACAAAAUACUGGCAAGAUGGACUAUGCCAGGAAAUUGUCUGCAAACACUGUAUCCCCACCAUGCCUUCAGAAGGUCUUUGUGACCCAGGAAGUGGGACAUGGUCCACACAGUCUACAGGAGAACGGAACCAGUGAUGGUUACAGACCCCAGACCAAUAAAACCACAAAGAGCACUUACGCGGGCAGCAACAGUCGUGAUUUGAGAGGUGCUGUGCUGGAGAGGGCAGGCUUUGAUGGUGACAGUGAUGUCCUUCAUGACGCCUCCUCUGCACAGGAAUCCCAGGCAGCUCUGGAGAUUGCUAUUGACAUCAUCACCACCAUCCCCACCAAAAUUGGCAGCUCUGACGAUGUUGAGGCAUCAAGCACUUUCCCCUCCUCUGGUUUCUUUCCAGACUCGGGACGGCAGGGGUCUCGUCCUGGUGACGGUACCUCCUCUUUCCAAUCCGAGCCUGCCAGUCUGUCAGACUCCAGCUCGUACCAGAGCAGCACGGAUUCACUUUCCGGCUCUCAGGGACUAGAUGUUUUUGGGCCGUCGGGGUUGGACAGGCCCCAGGCCCUCCCGUCCUCAUCCGACCACCCGUCAGACACUGGAAACGCCGACCCGAACCCGGAGCCCAUUUACGCAGAAAGCACCAAGCGGAAGAGGAAGACGGAGGUCGACGGCAAGGCCUCGGGUGCAGAGGCCGGCCUGACCGGUGAAGGUCAGAGGGCCACGAUCACCGUCAUGGCUGCUCACACGGAGGAAAACAACAGAACGUUCUACCUCAGCAGUCCCGACUCGGCAGUGAGCACCCAGUGGCCGCAUUUCAGCCCCACGUCCAGCAGGAACCCAAGCAGCCCGACCUUCAAGUGGCCAUCAAGCAGCAUGGGGUUGGAGGGUGGGGUAGCCUCUCUCCAGCCGAAGCCACAGGCCAGCCCUCCAAUUCCUCCCAAGAGGAAUUCCCGCUCCCCAAAACUGGGCACCUCAAGCCUUUCUCCAGUGGCCUGCUCAGAGUUACGGGGUGAGUCCAGCACAGCGCCCCACACGUCCUCCCCGACGCCGUCUGUCCCUCAGGGGGAGGCUCUCACCACCAGCUCCAUCAUCACCACCCUGGAGCGGAGGCACAAGCCGUACGGCUCCACCUGGAACCGGGAGGGUCGAAUCGAGGAGGAAGAAGAGGGAGGGGAGGAGGCCACGGCCCAGACCGUCACAUCCGGUCCCAUCAAUGGGGCAGCUGUGUCAGAGCCUGCGGAUUGGAGCCCCGCGGCGUACGGCAGGGAGAGCACCCCGCCAGGCACGGCCAACAAUGGUGCCAGUCAGAAGCACCCGGGCGGCGGGGAGGAGAAGAGCAAACGUAGCGAGGACAUGUUAGCCAAGGCAACGUCUUUCACUGCAGACCUGUCAGAGGGCAAGUGCAAGAGUCAUGACCCUGCGCCACCUCCACCACCUCCAAAAAAGCACCAGAGGGCCUCCGGUAAGAUGAGUCAGAGCAGCACGGAUCUGGAGCAGGUCUGUCAGCAGGGCUCUGUGGAGCGUCUGGCCCAGUCUCCCAGGGGCCUCCGGGGUGGUCAGGUCGCCACCUCUUCUGACAGCCUGCAUUCUGACUCUAAAAUGCCCAGCGAUGGAGGUCUCCAGGAUGCCCUUAGCCCAUCCCCAUUUCCCAGCAGCCCCCUGACUGGGUCUCCAGUGUCCCCCUACCCCGACCCUUUCCUGAGCGCCAGUCUGGGACGGCAGGUGCAGCCUCCGCCUCUGCCCGAGAAGAAGACCGUGAGCCGCACUCUCUCCGCACCUGCCGAGGCCGCCGGCUCCAAGCACCUCCCACGGACACCCAAGUGGUUCCCGUUAAGCGGCUCCGAGGACAACGUCUCCCGGCCGAGCUGUGCCCUGUCCAGCCCGGGGGACCGGAGGAACCAGUACUCCUCCAGCGAGUCCCUGGAGCACCUCCACCCCCCCCUCAACCGCUCGCUGCGCUCUCGGACGUUAGACGAGCCCCCGGCCGGGGGCGGGGGCGGGGGCAGGCUGGGGGGCUACUGCCGCGGGGCGGUCACCUCCUCCUCCUCCCCCCAGCUCAGCGCCCCCGCCUCGGGCUCCAGCCUCCAGCUGCACGCCCUGCUGUCCAACAUCGACAGCCGCGAGGGCGUCUACGCCAAGCUGGGCGGGCUGUACGCCGAGUCCCUGCGCCGGCUCACGCUCAAGUGCGAGGAGCACUUCACCCGCAGCCAGAGGAACCCCAUGCGCUUCGACGAGAGCAACUGGUCCCUCUUCAAACUCACCUGCAACAAGCCCUGCUGCGAGGCCGGCGACGCCGUGUACUACUCCGCGUCCUGCGCCUCCGACCCCAGCAACCCCUAUGCAGUCAAGAUUUGUAAGAACCAGACCCCCGACGCCAAGCAGGGCCACCUGUACGGGCUGUCCGUCCAGCAGGGCGUGCCCCCGCACUUCAACCUGCAGCAGGACUGCGGCCACUUCAUCGCCUGCGUGCCCCUGAGCAUGCUUCCCCCAGACGAGGCGGCGGGGCCCGGGGCCCAGCGGGAGCCGGAGCAGGAGCGCGUGGUGGUGGUCACCCGCGAGGUGCCCCAGCACAGCGCCGCGGACUUCGUGCGCGAGUGGGCGGCCUUCCACCGGGCGCAGCCUGAGGCCUACGAGCGCCGCGUCUGCUUCCUCCUGCUGCAGCUGUGCAGCGCGCUGGAGCACCUGAAGGAGCACGGCGUCUCGCACCGCGACCUCUGCCUGGAGAACCUGCUCCUGGUGCCGCACCGCCGGGCCCCGCCCGACGACCGGGAGCAGAAGCGCCUCCCCCGCCUCCUCGUGGCCAGCUUCGGCAAGGCCAAGCGCCGCGGCCCUGACGACCUAGCCGCCGACCCCCGCCUCAAACGGGACCGCGCCCGCCUGGCGCCCGAGAUCGUGUCGGCCGCGCAGUACCGCAAGUUCGACGAGUUCCAGACGGGCAUCCUCAUCUACGAGCUGCUGCACCAGCCCAACCCCUUUGAGGUGAGCCCCAAGCUGAAGGAGCAGGACUACGCCUGCGGGGACCUCCCGCCCAUCCCCCACGCCUCGCUGUACUCGGCCGGGCUCCAGCGGCUGGCUCAGCUCCUGCUCCAGCCCGACCCCAUCAAGCGCAUCCACAUCCAGGAGGCCAAGCGCGCCCUGCAGAGCCUGCUGUGGGGCCCGCGCCGGGACCUGAUGGAGCAGCAGGGCGAGCAGGCCGGGGCGGCCCCCCGACACGAGGGCCUGCUCAACUGGCUGGAUGUGAAGCGCGCCCUGCUGAUGAUGAAGUUCGCCGAGCGGUGUCUGGAGCCCGGGCACGCCGCCGAGCUGGAGGACUGGCUCUGCUGUCAGUACUUCUCCUCCGCCCACCCGCUGUCCCUCUGCCACACCGCCGAGCUACUCUACGGCCUCAAGUGAGGGGCUCCGUUCGCAACAUCAUGCGCGGUGGCCAUUUAAAAAAACAAAAUCAAACAUAUGAAAUGCACAGAGACAGUGAGCUCUGUUACUUCCCCUGCUCUGCGCCCACGGAUAUGGAAGCGAGACGUUGCUGAUCCGUCCAGCUACUGCAUGUAGAGACAUGGUGUACAUGAACACACACUCAGUUGAAGAGAUUGAUUUUCAUGCGGCACAGCCAACGUGUACAGCACUGUUAACACUUGUUCUGGAUCUGGGAUCUUGUAUGACACGGAUAUGUAUAUUAAAACCAACCAUUAAUCGCAGUACUUAUAGACAUCCUCACCUGCAGUGUUAUUGAAUAUAGGUUUGUCCGGACUUUGGGAAAGCUGUGUUACUGUGUGUCAUUAUCAGUCUUAACGGAUAGGCUUCAUGUAGCGCUUAACUCUUGUAGGCAACUGGUUUGCAGGAAUCAUAUUGUAGUUAAACUCUCAGGUGUGAUUUCAAAGUGUCCACAUUCUGUAGGGCCAUCAUGUUUAAAGUGCUACUAAUUGGAAAAAUGUCCCUUAGUAGUUGAUUAUGCAUCUGGCCUCAAAUUACCAAAAAGAUAUUGCAAACAUUUUUAGUGUACUUUUUCCCCAGCCCCAUGGGCUUCAGUAUUAAGGUUUUGGUAAUGAUUGUACAAAAGAGUUAACUGCUACAGCUAAGAUGCCAUCAGAGAAGUUAUUCUGGUGCUGAAUGAUCCAUAUGACUAAUUACAACUAAUAUCAUACAGGCUAUGAUAAUGUUAAAGCUGUCUCUAUUGUUUUUGUAUUACAUCAACAUGUGUAGUACAGAUACAGAGAUGUUGUAACAGUAGGCUAAAAUGAAAAGGGCUGGAAGAAGUAUUCAUUGUAAAAGGACACCAAAUCUGUUUGCUUAAGAGAUGCCAGUGAGAACACAUAUGGCUGUUAUAACAGAGGGUGGUAUAUAACACGGUUGUCCAUCAGUGCAGUGAUGUACGUAGAUUAAAUUGGGUCAAAUCAUAUACAGUAAUACUUUGUGAAGUCUUACUAUGACCAUUACUAACUGUUCAUGCUGGGUUUGCUGUUGUUAUUAUUAUUAUUAUUAUUAUUAUUAUUAUUAAUAUUUUGUAUAGUGCCUUCAGGUCUCGAUUUAUGUAUUAGUGACAAAUUGAGAACCUAACUAUAAACCUAAUAAUUCCAUUGUAUUCCUCAUUUAGGAUAGUCUUAAACUGGAAUUUCUAAAUGGGCUUGAUCUGUACAGUAAUGGUUUAACAAACUGGGAGCCCAGUAGGUCUUAAUUGCAAUGGAUCUGAUCCAUAUGAAAGUAUAUUUAUUGUAAACAUUCGAUUUUUUUGUUUUUGUUUUUGUUUUUUUUCCACUGGAAUGUCAUUGUCCUUUCUCUGAGGUGUGUUUGAGUGCCAACUGGAACAAUGUUUUAUAACUAUGUAUGUUUCUGGCUACAUCCAAUUUACCAUUUGACUACUGAAUGUGUGCAGUGUAUUCCCAGUUGGAAGUCACUGGCUUUCCAUGGCUGCAUGAAUCUUAAAAUAUUGUUUUCCCCUUAUCAUCAUUCUGGUAUUACUACUUCUGUUAAAAUCUCUUCUCGCACUGAUAUUCAUUUUGCAUUCAUGUACAAGUUUCACCUUCAUCCAUCAAUAAAUUGUAAAUGCGUUUUGACAAAA